AUGUCCUAUAGUAAGAUGAGAUCAGUUACGCCAUAUUCAGCUGUAUUAGUAGCACUAUCAAUAUGUAUGGGAGCAAUUGCAGAUGAUGAUGAAGGACACAUGCACCACGAUGCGCCGGUUGAAUUUCAUCCCAUAAACGGCGGAUCGAAGACUUUCCAUUGGAUUUUGACAUUGGCAUUGUUACUUUUGAUGCCUUCGGUGUCAUCGGCAUUGGCAUUUGGUAAUAAAUUGCAUUGGUCGCUAUUUCUUCAGUUUAUUCUGACUGGAUACCUGGUGGUGGAGUCAUUAUUUCUUGAUUUUCCAGACAACUCGGACAAUCAUGAAAACAGAACAUCAAAAGGUACCAGCUGGUUCCUUAGUUUGUUGCUCGGAGCUACCGUGUUUAUGGGAAGCUUUAUAAAUGGAUCAAACUUGGUUAUUAACAAGUUCUACCCACAUCUAUCGACUAGAGGCCAGUAUGGCAUCACAUACAAGAUCUAUAAGACAUUGUCGUUUUUGGUUGUUUUAACCGGAUGGGUUCGGGUUUGUAUGGCACCGGUAGCUCUAUUUGGUUUCUGUUACGGGAUCCAUACUGGCCAAUGUAUCGCUCAUGGGAUUAUGGGGUCAUCAUUCAUAUUUUACGGGUUUGUGCUAGCAUUUGUGCUUGUGAUUCCGUGGAUUCGCCAGCACUCUAACCCAAACAUCAAUAGUGAUCCUAACAGACGUUCUCAGGAGUUCUACGACUCAUCUCUUAUGUGUCUUUGGGGUAUAGUGAACACAUUUACAGAACACAGAUGGGGCCGCGAGGGGUGGUCGCAUGGCGAUUACCAACACACUGCCAUGGGGAUCAUCUGGUGGUGUGGAGGAUUAAUAGGGAUGUGGCUAACCAGAAAGAAUAAUGCUAGAUCAUUUGUACCCGCAUUGUUGCUUAUUUUUACUGGCUAUGGCAUGUCACAACAUGCUCAACACUUGGAAAUCUCUACUAAAGUCCAUGCCAUGUUUGGUUUGGCUUUGAUGGGAGGAGGUUUUACUAGAAUCAUUGAGAUACUGUUCGUAUUACAGGAUAAGGGCUCCAGUGAUUCCGGCAAAAUUCUCUCUUUCCAACACAUGCCUCCAUUCUGUCUUAUCUUAGCAGGUAUAUUAUUCAUGUCUGCAAACGAAGAGCAAUUGAUAUUGGUCAAUGAUUUAGGUGCCGACCACUCGGCUUAUAUCUUAGUAGUUACUGGUGCGGCAUUUAUUAUCUACUUGUGGAUGUUGUUGCUUUUGUCGCUAUACUUACAUUUAGUAGGUUAUGAUGAAAAUGGAGAAUUGGGCCUUGGUCCUAAUUCAAAUUAUCAAAAUAUUAAUACACAUGAUGCAGAAGAGUUUGAGUUGGGUGAUCUUAGUGAGGGAGAGACGGACGAACCUUCACGUUCCCCUACUGCCAACCAACAAUAG